AUGGAAGUCGCCAUCAUCUCAGCCUAUUCAGCAACCGACAACAACCAAAAAAGAAACGGAAAUCUCGAACAGCAUUUACUAAUCACCAGAUCUUUGAGUUGGAAAAACGAUUCCUAUACCAGAAAUAUCUGUCUCCCGCCGACAGAGACGAGAUCGCUCAGUCGUUAGGCUUAACGAAUGCCCAAGUGAUCACGUGGUUCCAGAACAGGCGAGCCAAGCUGAAACGUGACGUAGAAGAGCUGAAGAAAGAUGUGGACGCCUCCAAGAUCCACACAAUUCAUAAAACAAUUCUCAGCAACAUUCAGGAUCUUACACUCCUGAAAAAGACAGAUCUACCAAAUAAACACGCUUGA